CCUUAUUUUUUUAUCAUACGGUUCUGAAGAGUAGUGCUCACUCGUGUCAAAUGAUGGAAGAAGAUCAUAAAGGUGCACCUUGUCCUACUCAUAGUCUAUAGCGUUUCUGUUGCUGCUCCUUCAAUCGGAUCUUUCGUCUGCAAAAACAAUGUCAGAGAACGACUUAGGUUGGGAUUUUCACCUCCGGAAGCUCUCUGUCAGUGGCAGAGACUCCAACACCGCCAACGAUCCCGCUUCUGAUCCUUCCCUUCUUCCUUCCGUGAAAAAGCUUCAUGCUUUAUGCAAGACCGAAAAUUCCGAGGACUUGGUGGCUAGGGUUUAUACCUCCCUUAACAAGAUUUUCCAGCGCGCUGCAGCUUCCCUCUCUCAAUCUCGAACCUCCAAUGGCCUUCUUUUGCUUGCAAUUCUUCAGUUUUACCUAGACUUUGGGGAGAUUGUUCUUCACGAUGCUGAUCCUAGUCUUAGGACAUUUUUUCGGUCGUGCUUGAGCAGGGAGUUUGCUGAUCCUGUUGUUGCUGAAGCAACACUUGAAUUUCUCAUCAACAACAAGAAGAAGCUUCUAACUUCCUUCCCUAACUUAUUACCUCAGUUUUUUCCAUUGUUAUUAAAGUUGAUUGCUUGGAAUGGUGAAAGAUUAGAGAAACUAUUUUUGAAAGCCUUCCCAGCCUUGAUAUCACCUGGGUCAUUUCUUCCCUUAUUUCCAUCUUUAGUAGACUUGCCAAUUUUGGUAGUAGCAUUGGAAAAGGUGGAAAAAAGCUCUGGACCCUUAAUUGGGAGCAGCAUAGCUUCUAUUCAGAAGAAUACUGCCCCUAAGAUGCUACUUGCUCUUAUGGAUGAGGCAUACACUGGUUCAACUAUAGAAGAUGGCGUAGGAGAUUCUGAAUAUGAGGAUAACAGUGCAAUUGAUGUUGCUGAUCCAUUGUUCCUUGAACUUUUGAAGGAUGAAAAUGAUGGUAUCGCUGAACGUCCCUGGUCAUCUCCAGUGAUGACUGCAAUAUUACAGACUUCAGUCAAUAGUCCUUACUCUGAUAAGCUGAAAGCAGUACUUAGCUUGACUCCCCGUCUUCUUGACGUGUACUUCUCCAUAGCAUUGCAAACUGUCAAUAAUUCUCUGAUUUGUGCAUUGAUUCCUCUGCUCAUGUCGAGAUAUGCUACAAUAUUUCCGGACAAAAUAUUUUCAUAUGAGGUCCGCAAGCGACUUUUGGAGUUUAUGCUCUCUACAUUUCAGUGUUCACCAAACUUCAUUGCCCUUUUAAAGAAACCUAUAAUGGACAGACUUGGAGAAGCUUAUGACAGCCCAGUCAAGACAGAAUUAGCCUUGCAAUUAUGUUGGGCCAUUGGGGAGCAUGGUGGAGGUGGUGGGUCUCACAAAGAUGAAGCCCGUGAGCUUUUUGAGAGUCUAGAACUGCUUCUGUAUGAAAACCUUUCUUCAAGUCGUGUGGGCAUGACACAGGAGGUAUCCCUUGAUAAGGAUACUUACAGAAGGUCAUCACAGUCCAGGCUUUUAUGUUUUGUUGUGACAGCCAUAGCAAAGCUUGCUACACAUCAUCGAGAGUUAAUACCAAGAGCACGUGUAUCCUUGGGCAAGGUAGCUCGGUCUCGAAUUUCUGAUGCUAGAGUAUGGAGGCGUGCAUGCGAUUUCCUGGGUUUGAUGAAAGACCCUGCUAUAUGUUCAUCCAUAUUGGGGCCUUCGCGACCUACACAAGGUACAGCGCAGAAAGUUGGCAGCAUAAACUGGAGUGAAGGUUCAAAGAAGAUGAUUGCACAUAUACCAUUUUAUAUUCUAGGAGAACAAGAAGGGCCACCUUUUCAUGAUUUCUCAUUUUCAGAUAUCAUUCCCAGAAGAUGAUUGAAGCUGAAAUUUACAAGUGGCCAUCUCUGUAUUAUUCUGUAUGGUCAUCUCGAGGUCAUUCUGAUAUUAUUUAUUUUUUAAUCUGUAUACUGGUUAAGCCUCCAUGAAUAAGCAUGUUCAGUUUAGUUAUUUCUCCAUAUUUCUGUGUUUUUUUCUUGCCUUUCAACAUUCACUCCCUAAAAUGACUCCAGUUGUAAGCAGACGAGUGAGUGGAUUUUGACUCUUGUUCUACCAUUACUUCUGUCCGGCCCUUUGGAUAAUACUCAGACUAUACUGUAGUGUGAUGUUUUUGUUCAAUUUGUUUAUUUUAAUUUUUUGGUGGCAACCAUUGAGGUUUGCAGAAGUGCCAUACUUAAAAAUCAGUGUUGGAAUGGAAGAAUUAUGUUUCAAA